CCUCUCGAGCUCCUUCUCCGAAUCUCAAGCGACCACACCGCGCAAGUAGCCAGCUUCAGUUUCAGUUUCAGAGCUCCGCUUCAGCCAGCCAGCCGCCGCCAUGCCUGCCCUCGCCAAGCCCGCGUCCCGCCCCGCCAAGCCGGCCGCCGCGGCGCCGAAGCCGAAGGCCGCCGUCGCCAAGCCCAAGGCGGCAGCCGCUGCGGCGUCCCACCCGACCUACUUCGAGAUGAUCAAGGAGGCGAUCGCGGCGCUCAAGGACAGGACCGGGUCGAGCUCGGUCGCCAUCGCCAAGUACGUCGAGGAGAAGCACGGCAAGUCGCUCCCGGCCAACUUCAAGAAGAUGCUCUCCGUCCAGCUCCGCGCGGCCGCCGCCAAGGGCAAGCUCGUCAAGGUCAAGGCCUCCUACAAGCUCUCCGACGCCGCCAAGAAGGACUCCCCCAAGGCCAAGCCCGCGGCCAAACCUGCCAAGGACGCGGCCAAGCCCAAGAAGAAGGCCGCCGAGAAGCCCAAGAAGGCCGUCGCCGCCGCUGGAGCGAAGCGCAAGGCUCCCGAGAAGAAGAAGCUGGUCGGCAAGGCCAAGAAGUCGCCUGCGGUCAAGGCCAAGGCGAAGCCGAAGACCGUCCGCUCCCCGGCCGCCAAGAAGGCCCGCAAGGUCGCCGCCUGAUCUGAUAGCUGGUCGUAGGACUGCUUGGUGUUCAAGGAUCUGUACAAAUGGAUGCCUCAUCCUCCCUUGUUUAUGUUUUGGUUCUGCUAGGCAAGUUUAUGUAUCGUGGGUGGUGUUUGGUGUAACGAAAUGGGUUGUUUUAGAGAUGUUUUCAGCUCUAACUUUGUGAAAUGAAUCUGCAGUUUUCUUCACCAUA